AUGCAAAACAGGUAUUUACCAUAUGGAAAAAUGAAUCAAUGUGAAAACAAUUAUGGCGGUAAUGAUAACAUUUUAAAUAAUAACAACUACAAUAAUGAUGAUCGCUAUAACAAUUAUAAAAAUAAUAAUAUUAUUGAAAAUAAUAACUAUACUUACAAUAAUGGUGGUGGUAGUAAAAAUGAUAAGAAAAAUAUUCAAAGAAAUAAUAAUAGUAAUUAUAAUAAUAAUAAUAAUAAUAAUAAUAAUAAUAAUAAUAAUAAUAAUAAUAAUAAUAAUAAUAAUAAUAAUAAAAAUAAUAAUAAUAAUAAUUAUAAUUAUAAUAAAAAUAAUUAUAAUAAAAAAACAUAUACUUAUAGAGGUAGAGUUAGAAAAUAUGCAACAGCAUUAUUUUUUAUAAGUACUGAUUUUAUACUUAUGGAUGAUAUUCAAAUUCAAUUGAAAAAACCAAUACAUUUUUAUCAAAAAUAUUUAUUAAUUCAUGGAAAUUCAGAUAAUGGUAUAAAAAUUGUACUUCCUUAUAAAUAUAUUGGUGAAAUUAAACUUGAAAGGUUUGAAACAAGUUUCAAUUUAUCAUUUUCAACCACUGUUACAACUGGUCGUCAAAGUGCAAGAUAUGUAAUAAAAUCUUUAAAAAAUGAAUUUUUAAUUGAUUUUAAGAAUGAUUUAAGCUCUGUCUUUGGUAAUGUCUCUUUUUUUGAAACUGAUCAUUCAUUACAGGAAAUGUAUAAACAAAUUCAAUUUCCAUCACAAUCACAACCAUCAUCAUUUUCUUCUUCAUCUUCUUCCUCCUCAAUACAAUUAUCACCAUCACCAUCAUCUUCAUCAUCACCUAAAUUAUAG